GUUUGCUGGAUACGUCUGUAACAACCGCGGUGUGCGUGAAUGUUAAUUUCCACCGAACGCAUAUCCGUAUCGAUCUAAUUCAUAAAAGGAAAUAUUUUAAUAUAGGCUCAUUACACGUGUGUAAAGAAAGAAAAAAAAAAAAAAAACAGAAAAAUGUACAGGGAUAUGGUGAAAGUUUAUCGGGUUACGGUCAAGUUGACCGAAAAUAUUUCCUCGAGAAAUUUGCACACGCAUAAGCAUCUGGCUGCGGUAGCGGGAAGCAAAAUGAAAAUGAGAAAGACAAGUUACAUAGACGCAGCUUUUGGAAGUACCAGCGAUAUGCAGCGGUCAAAUAUACGCGAGUACAGCUUUAUUCAUGACAGCCAUUACAUGUACGCCCGAGAUCAGGACCAAGUUCGAAAUGCCGAGGACGUUUUGUUCGACAUGUUCAAAAAUGAAGAGACGGGGCUUUUACCGGUUGGAAAAUUCCUGGCUGCACUCAGAAGCACGGGAUUGAGAAAAAAUGAUCCGAGACUUCAGGAACUCUCAGAUAAUCUCAGAAAGGAACAGCUCAAGUCUGGAGGACACGAAGGACUUUCUCACGAAACUCAGAAACUCGACAGAGAACAAUUUAGAAGGAUAAUAAAUCCGAAUAUCGUCCUGAUAUCGCGUGCUUUCCGGCAUCAGUUCAUAAUACCGGAUUGGUCCGGCUUCACGAAGCACAUCGAGGACUUUUACUGGAAAUGCAAAACCAACACCGAGGGCAAAGUGGCUUCGUACAUCCCUCAGCUGGCGAGGAUGAAUCCCGAGUAUUGGGGCGUCUCGGUCUGCACGAUAGAUGGACAGCGAUUCAGCAUCGGUGACACCUCCCUUCCUUUCACCCUGCAAAGUUGCAGCAAACCUCUGACCUACGCGAUCGCUCUCGAAAGACUCGGACAAGAAACCGUCCAUCAAUAUGUGGGCCAGGAACCCUCGGGAAGGAACUUCAACGAACUGGUUCUUGAUUACAACAAAAAACCGCACAAUCCAAUGAUAAACGCGGGGGCGAUUCUUGUUUGUUCGCUGCUGAAGACGUUGAUCAAACCGGAAAUGACACUGGCGGAGAAAUUUGACUUCACGAUGAAUUAUUUCAAGAGAUUAGCCGGUGGUGAGAGCCUGAGUUUUAACAAUGCUGUAUUUUUGUCGGAACGCGAAGCCGCGGACAGAAAUUACGCCCUCGGAUUUUACAUGAGAGAGCAUAAAUGCUACCCGGACAAAACGAAUCUACGUGAAAUCAUGGACUUCUAUUUCCAGUGCUGCGCUAUGGAGGCGAACUGCGAGUCCAUGUCGGUUAUGGCGGCGACUCUUGCAAACGGUGGCAUCUGUCCGAUCACCGAGGAGAAGGUUUUGAAGCCCGACAGUGUCCGGGACGUCCUCAGCCUGAUGCAUAGUUGCGGGAUGUACGAUUACAGCGGACAGUUUGCCUUCAAGGUUGGAAUACCGGCGAAAUCCGGAGUCUCUGGAAGUCUUCUGGUUGUCAUACCAAACGUGAUGGGUAUCUGCACGUGGUCCCCACCUUUGGAUCCUUUGGGAAAUUCUUGCCGAGGUGUUCAGUUCUGUGAGGAACUUGUUACCGAGUUCAAUUUCCACAGCACCUACUAUGAUCAUAGGUACGACAAUCUAAAACAUGCAACGAACAAAAAGGACCCGAGAAGACACAAGUACGAGACGAAGGGAUUGUCCAUCGUCAAUUUACUAUUCAGCGCUGCCAGCGGCGACGUAACGGCUAUGCGAAGGCAUCGUUUGAGCGGCAUGGAUAUGACACUGUCGGAUUACGAUGGCCGGACUGCUUUGCAUCUAGCAGCCAGCGAAGGGCAUUUGGACUGCGUAGAAUUUCUCAUCGAACAAUGCGGCGUUCCUCAUGAUCCCAAAGACAGAUGGGGAAAUUUGCCUAUAAACGAGGCACAGACGUUUGGCCAUCAGCAGGUAGUCGAAUAUCUUAGAAACUACGCGGCAGCGCAUAUGAAAGACACGCCGAACGAUGCGACAGGAGCUUCGAGUGACACGGAAAGCGACGCGACUUCCACGAAGGAACCGGAUACAAGUCCAUUGCCGUGAAUGUAGUUUUAGGAAAUUAGAUUAAAUAUAUUCAACAUUUAUCCGCCGGCGAAAAAUUUUUAUCGACAUUAUUGAAUGUAUUAUUCUGAUUGCACAGUCCUGACGCAACUUUUUUAAGUAAAAGAAUAACUUUGGAUAAUGCUCAGCUGAUCGAACUGAUAUCUUGAAAAAAUGAUCGUUGGAAUAUUUUGUCAAGACUGUAUCCAAAAUAGAAGAGGAAAAAAAAAAAAUAUAUGAUUUUGUAACGAAUGACAUAACCGUUAAUUACGUCAAUAGAAUUUUUUUUCAGUGUACUCGUUUCGUUUAAUGUGAAUCAGGUGUGAUAUAAACGUAGGCAGCAACAUCGUACCUAUUAUAUUUAAAAAUUUAUACGUAUCAAUGCAGUGUACAUGCGAAAAAACUGUGAUUCUUAAUUUAUUCUUUAAUCAUGCCGCAAAAAUAUUUUUGUCUUCGGCUUUCAGCGAAUAUAAAGAGAAUGAAGCUUAGAUAACAAUUGUGAGAAUACGGCAUGAAAAUAUGAAUAAAAAAAAAAAAAAGACAAAGGAAACGGUAACUGAUGGAAGAUUAUCGUUAGAUAGUUUUUUGUAAUCAAUUUUUGGCAAAAUUUGCGAUCAAAGAAAGUUGUGGCUCCUAGCCGAAUGAUUCGUUUUCCUGAUUCAAAUACUUCCGAAACACACCGAAAUUUUUCUACUUGUUCCAAAAGAUUUUAAUUUGAAGAACGAGAAAAAGUUUCCGCGCGAUGUGUUUGAAGAUGUUUGCAAUCCUUAGAAUUAUUCGGUCGAGAGUUUGAAAAAAGAAAACAAAUUAAAUUUGCACAUAUUUCAACAAUUUUCAAAGUAAAAUUGACGAAAUAUGUGCGAUUACUGAAAAUUGUAUAAGAUGCGAGAAUUCGUCACUGAAUGAAUGCGACGGGAUUAUAAUUAUAUUGACAACGUAUGUUUGAAGUAAUGUUGAUGUGUAUCUUAAACAAUGAAUUGAUUACGAGGAAAAACUUCAGAUAUAGGUAUAAUACAUAAUAGACUGGAAGUGAAAAAAAAAUUUCUUUUACGUAAAAAUAAUUUUGGAUUUUUGUCUUUUUCUGUAUAAUUACGAUAAAUGUUAUAUUGCCGUAGCAAUGUUAAUUGUACACAAUAUUUCUGCCUUCAGGUACAAUAAUUAUGAGUUCAAGAAUACUCGUAUAUUGUUAUAGUUGUGACGUGAAAACUUAUACGGUCAAUUCCUUGAAAUGCGCUCCUUGUAAUUCAACAGCCUUUCAAUGCCUGUGGGUGAUAAAACAUUAAACUUUACAUCUACACGUAUAUUGUUAAAUAGAAACAUUAGUCGUAGCGUAUAAAAUCAUGACUCCCAUAUUAUAUUCUAAAUAUGAUGUGUAAAUAUAUUAUACACAUACGUAUAAUAUGUGAAGAUCUCGAAGAGUAAAGGGAAACGAAAAGAAAAAAAAAAAAAAAA